UUCACUUUAUAACUGGUGACGGUGUAGCGAUGUCGUCCUCUGGGGCAGACCGUUCCGAUUCUAUUGCAUCAACGAGUAGAGGACCUCGCACUUCGAGUGGGAAGGUGCGCACCGAACCAUCAAGUGAUAUGAUAAAGAAGAUGGCGGAGUUGUGCGAAAUGAGUACUGUGGACUCUCACAGGAACACGAUCCGGAAGACGAGUGUCUGUUAUUCCUCGCUGCCGCUGGGUGUCGGGCUUUUCGUUGCUCUUGUGGUGAUUAUCAGCGCCUUCACCCUUGUCCAACGGAAAUUCAGCAGGAGCAAAUCGCCGCAGUUAGUAACCUGUCAGACUCUGGACUGUGUGGAUCACGCGUACAAUCUCAAAGGUGCCCUCAACAAAGCCAUCGAACCGUGCGAAAACUUCUACGAACACGUCUGCGGUUCAUGGGAACCGAAAAACGAAGGCGCGUCAUCUGUACAGGAAGAUAUCUAUUUGGAUACCGUCCGUCGCCACAUAGAGCAUCUGGAAGAUCCUUUGGAGAAAUCUUUGCCUGCCCAAUUUUUCAAGCUGUGUAUGAACACAACAGAACCAGAGGAAGAAGUCAGACAUCUGUUCCGUAAUUUCAUGAAGGAGCUCCAUAUAUCUUGGCCCAAGAAGCCUGAAAAGGGCGUAUUGCCGUUAUCUGUCCUCAUCAAUUUGGCCGUUAACUGGAAUAUGCGGCCGUUGUUUAAUAUUCACGUUUUCUUGCGGAAGAAAAUGCAUCUACCUCGCAUGAUCAGCUUUCACCGGGGGACGAUCGGGCCAAAAUGGGCCAUUAGGCAGGCAAAGUUAGAAAAGCACGAUUUAUUCGAGGAGUACUUUGUUCGCUACGCUUCCCUACUUGGAAUACCCGAACCUGAGCUGUUGAACAUAUCCCAGUACAAGGCAGACGAAGUCAGUGUAAUUGAGAAGCUACUAAACAAUGACGAUGAUGCUGAGCCCAAGGAGUACAUCUACCCGAUAUCACGUGUGGACUCCGCGACCCCUUCUAUACCUGCACAUUUGUGGCUGAAACUUCUAAACGAACACUACCAUCCCACAUUCAAUUUCACUCCUUCCGAUAUUAUGUACAUUGAAGAUCUCGACCUGUUGAGAGUAUUGGAAAACAUAACGCAAGAAAUACCAACGGAGCGGCUAAUGAACGUUAUCGGCUGGACCUUUGUUCAGAAGUACUCCCUCCUGGCUUUCCUCGGUUUCUCGGAAGCUGGUAUUCUCAAAUACGGCAGCAGCGAGGACUACAAGAACCACAAGCCUGCCUUCUGUCUCGAGAACACCCACAACCUGUACGGCCUGCUGUCUAUAGAGAAAGUCCUCAAGCAUCGGUUUGGAACAAAAGAACGACGACAGGUCGAUCAGUUACUACAUUCAGUGAUUGAGAACGCGGAGAAGCUAAUAUCAAAUACGAGCUGGAUCGAUCAGGCAACCAAGUCGGCUGCCAUCAAGAAAAUAUCGGGCAUCGUCACGGAACUGUGGCCGCCGAAAGACGUGUUCAGACCGGGUAAACUCUUUCAAGAUUACUACAAGGACUUUCCGAACGUUACGUCGUCAUUUUUCAGCAGUUACUUGGAACUCGUCAAGAAGGUGAGGACCUUCCGUGGCCACGAACAUUUCGAUGACGUUUACAUGAAAACUCUCUCAACUCCUUACGGCGCGUUCCACUACAGUCACGCGAUGAAUACGGCGUUCCUGGGACUGCAAGCACUCGAGCCACCCAUGUAUUAUCGAAAUGGGACUCCCGCCAUGAAUUAUGGUGCAUUAGGAAGUUAUUACGCAUCCAAAAUUAUCGGGGCUUUAGAUCGACAGGGCGUCAACUUCACCGAUCGGGGAGAGGCCAGAAUGUGGUGGUCGAAUGAAACUUACGACGUUUACAGUUCAAAAGUGGACUGCAUAAUGAAUGACAAAAGAAAUCUUUUCAACGUGUUUCCUCUUCUGCCAGCCCUUGAGAUAAGUUAUCGAGCGUACAGAGACGUGAAAGGCAGGCACGGGACGCAACCGGACCUCCGUUUGAUGACGCUUUCUCAAUACUCGGAGGAACAGAUGUUUUUCAUGAGCUACUGCUACACACUUUGUUCGAAAAAUCGAAGUGAGAGCCACGACUGCAACUAUCCGCUCAUGAACUCGAACGCCUUCGUGCAAGCAUUUCGGUGUCCCCGUAGUUCGCCCAUGAGCCCACCGAGGAAAUGUCACUUCUUUUCUUGAGAUGAUGGUACCACUGCUUCAUGUGACAGUGUCUGUGACAUAGUCUCCUGUAACAAUGUGCUGGUCUUCAUAGCGUUGAUAAUAUUAAUGCCUAGUAUAAUGUUCAAAUAUUAGCCACCUUUGGCGAUCUGCGGGAUCUGUUGAUUAUUCCAUUUGCUGUAGGAAUAUAUUACUGAUGUUUCA